AUGCUAACGCGCAUUCAACAGCAAUCACCGAGCUGUGCCGAUCGCUGGGACGAGCCUCAGGUUGAGUUAAGUUCCAUCCACCGCUGGCCCUGUUUCCUGGUUCAGGCGAAGACGACAGCCAAUAGAAAUGAGCCUGCUGAAGGAGGCGGAGCCUGGCCGGGAGAUGGAGCCAAGGUGCAGACCUGGGCUCAGUCUCCUGGUUUACACUCUGGGAACUCGAGUGUAAAUCUGCUACAACCGUUACGACACUCGCAGCCGCAACCCAAACUGCUGGGCUGUCUGCACCGAGUCUGUGCCAAGUGUCUGAAGAAGAUGGAGAGUCCUCGCCGUCCCGUCAUCAGCUGUCCAUUCUGUCGGCACGAGACCCACGUCCCCGAAGAGGAGGUGAGACUUUAUUCUAUUAACGAGGAGGUGAGACUUUAUUUUGUUAACGAGGAGGGAGGGGGAGGAGUUGUGGAGUCAUCCCACCGCUCCUCAGACUGUCUGGUCAUCACCAUGGAGCUUCCUGAGGAGUCUCCAUCCUCUGACUCACUGAGCAUGCUCAAUGUGGUGGGUCUGUACCGCCCGCCUAGCCUGGACUCGCUGCCCUGCAACCUGCCGGCUCAGAAGUGUCGCGCCUGGACCUCCCGCAGCUUCCCACGCUGCCUGCUGGGGGCGCUCUGCCUGGUGUACUUCAGCUCUCUGCCUCUGGAUUACCUGCUGAUGAUUGGUCAGCUGUGGCUCGGCGUGGUCCUGGUGAGUCUGGUUCCCUCCACGCUGCUGCUGCUCGUCCUCUACGGCUUCUGUCAGUGUCUGUGUCACGAGCUGAUGGAGGCGCUCGGCCGCACGCACGCACACGCUGCCAUGAAAACAACACACCGCUGCCAUGACGACGGCAGCGCUCUGCCAUGACAACGACAGCGCGCUGCCAUGACAAUACACCGAACGCUGCCAUGACGACGACAACACGCGCUGCUAUGACGACGACACGCUGCCCUGACAACGACGACAACAACGUCGCUGCCAUGGCAACGACAAGAAUAAGACAUCACUGCUGCCAUAACCACGAUAAAAAAAACACCUCACCGCUGCCAUGACGACAAGAACACGCUGCCAUGACGACGACGACAACACAUCACUGCUCCUCUAACAAACACCAUGAGAACUAACAAGACAGCUGCCAUGACAACACAACAGUGAGAACCACCAGAACAAAGAUUCAACAACAACCAAAACAACAGUCAGAACAACAACACUACGACCAGAACCAGCAACAAAACAAGUCACAACAACAUUCACAGCAUGAGCCAUCACACACUUCAAUCACACCAGAACCUGAGGCCUGUACUACGAAGCCAGUUCAACAUACCCAGGGUACCUUUUCGCUAUCUAACAACCGCGAUCUUGCUAAGCGGUCCCAUGAUGGUGGUUAUCAACUCAGUAAGUCCGAGGGGCUAAUCGCGAACAUGGACAAAGUCUACUGAUAGCAGAGAGGCAUAUUUUACAAACGAAGAGCAAACUAUAAUAUUAGACAAAUAUGAAGAAGUUAAACACAUAAUCCAGACUAAGAGUUACACAGUUGAAGCUGCCAAACGCAGGAAGAAGCUGGCAAAAAAUCACAGACUGUGUAAAUGCAUAAAUUAUCAGGCUUAUAAUGUCACUGUCCCAUCUACGGCACGAGUAGAUCUGACUAUAAUUACAUUUGUGUAUUCCAUUAAAUGAAUGUGUUGCUUGGAUGUAUUCUUAGGGAAUAGAAUAGAAGAUAUAGUUAAUUCACUCCAUUGGGGAAAUU